AACUCUGACGACGCUGUCACCUUCUCUCAGCACAAUGCCCACCUCGCAGCCGCCCAGCGCAGCUGCCAGCCUCAGCCCAGAGACUGCCACAGCCCCCGAGAGCAGCUCAGAGAAAAACGUCACUGCUGCCACGACCGGAGGCACCAACGGCACAGAGGGGGACCCCUCCGUCCCCACCACCCCCUUUGCGGGCACCGAGGCAGAGAGACUGCAGGUGUCCCCCACCACCGGCCCCGGGGACGUCACGGUCACACACCACGAGCAGCACAACCCGAGCCCGUGGGGGAACAGCAGCACUGACAUCCCCUCUGCUUCCCCAUCUGCCAGUGCUCGUGCAGAAAACCCACCUGGCGGCACAGAGGCCUUGGACACGAGGCAAGAAGCGGAUGCAGACGGUGCUGCCACAACGGGGCCGCCGAGCAGCGCGCCGGCAACAGCCAACAGCUCCCAGCCAGGGCCCUCUGACAGCCAGACCACGGGGUCUGUGACAACGAGACCUGGCACCACGGCAGGGAUGAGCCUGGAGGGCGCCACAGAGAGCACCACGGAGCCACAAACUGCCUCUGCCCCCGUCACCGAAGGGAGCACGUCCCCUGCUGCCGCCUCCAGUGCUGCCGCGGGGACAGGGACCCCCGUUGCGACUGCCCCCACCACGGCCAGCACUGCUGCUGACACCCGCAGCACAUCUGCGGUAGAGCCUGUGCACGAGAAAGCUUCCGUGCUGGAUGUUGGGGAUGAUGAGAAUCCAGAGCUGCCCAGCUCACCCCUGGCCGAGGCGCCGAAGGCUGAUCCCUUGGUCAUCGCGGUGAUCUCCGUCUUUAUCAUCAUGGUGGGCAUCCUCGGCCUCGUGGGCUUCCUCAGAUACCGCCAGCACAACAGCCGCAUGGAAUUUCGGCGCCUGCAGGACCUGCCUAUGGACGACAUGAUGGAGGACACGCCGCUCUCCCUCUACAGCUACUAGGCCGCAGGCUGCCUCCCGCCCGGCACGCUGAACUUCCCGGAGAAAAAGGCCUCCACGUGAGGACGUGGUCCCUCACGAGCUGCUGAGGAGCGAGUGGCUGUGAUUUGCACACAACUGAAAGAUCUUUUUUU